GCUCGUUCUAAUGAUAAAAUGCAAAUUCCAAGAUAAAGCUAUCGCUGAUUCGAUUGGUUGAUAACGAAGAUUACACGAGAGAUUAUCCAGCGUAGCGACUGCGUCAUCAUCAACUGAGAAACCAAUCUCACUCGACCCCUCUGCUGCUCUGCUUAGAAUAACCGGUGAGUUUAUUGUUGACCAUCAAUGGCGGUGAGGGCACCACUAAUAACUUCUGCUGCUUAUCUUCGAGGAACAAAUGGCCCCCAUUUCCUCACCUCCAAGUCCCGCUUUGGCCUCCAAUCACCCACCAAACAGCUGGCCCUUACAAUCGUUGCCAUGGCUCCCCAAAAGAAGGUUAACAAGUAUGAUGGGAACUGGAAGAAACAAUGGUACGGUGCAGGGAUCUUUUACGAAGACAGCGAAGAAGUCGAAUUUGACGUAUUCAAAAAGCUUGAGAAACGUAAAGUCCUUAGCAACGUAGAAAAAGCAGGACUCCUAUCUAAAGCCGAGGAGUUGGGAGUCACUUUAUCGUCAAUAGAGAAGUUGGGUGUGUUUUCGAAAGCUGAGCAGCUGGGCUUGCUGAGUCUGUUGGAGAAAACGGCAAGUGUUUCGCCGUCUACAUUGGCUUCUGCGGCGCUGCCCAUACUGGUGGCGGCAGUGGUGGCUAUUGUCGUUAUACCUGAUGACUCGGCAGGGCUGGUGGCCGCCCAGGCUGUGUUGGCAGGGGCCCUUGGGGUUGGUGCUGCCGGCUUGCUUGUCGGGUCUUUUGUUCUUGGUGGUUUACAAGAAGCUGAUUGAGUUUUCGGUUUUGUUGUUUAAUCUUACCUCCUCCUUUUUUUAUCGACCUUGGUUAAUAUCAUCUUUUAUCUGUUUUCCCUUUUUAGUUUUUCUCUGUAUAUAUAUGCUUAUUAAAAGUGCUUGGAUUAUAUAUAUCAUCAAAACUAGCCCAA